UAUUGCAUUUUAAUUCAGAAAUUAAUAUAUUUUAAGAAUCUCCCUUAUGCGAUUGGUUGAAAACAGCUGUCCAGAUGUAAACAAAUAAUAAUGCUGGAGGUUGCUGCACAACUCAUUGCCGUGGGUCUGCUAUGGGGCGUUACCAAUCCGUUUAUACGCCUGGGCAGCCAAGGAAUUGAAUCUGUCCGGGAUACAGGUUCCAAGUGGAGAAACCUUGUCCAGGAAGCCCGGACAAUCGGCUCCCGGUGGCGUUAUUGGAUACCCUUCGGACUCAACCAGUGCGGAAGUGCUCUUUACGUGUGGACGCUACAAAAUGCUAGCAUUACGGUGGCUGUGCCAGUUGCCAAUUCCCUGAGUUUCGCAUUCACAGCAAUAACCGGCUAUGCGCUAGGGGAAAAAUUGCCGGGAAAGAAAAUUAUCCUGGGCACCCUGCUCAUCUGUUGCGGUAGCAUCUUAAUGAUCUACGACAAAAUCCUUCAAGAACAACAGCAACUAAAUAUAACAUUCCAAUGAUCUUACCCUAAA